CUCUCACUCACUCCACUUCAUUUCGGAAACCCUAGAUCUAUCCCUCUCCUCCACACUUCCCGAGAAGCUUCUCUCAAUCUCAAUCCAGCGAAAAUGCGUGAGAUCCUUCACAUCCAGGGCGGCCAGUGCGGCAACCAGAUCGGCGCCAAGUUCUGGGAAGUCGUCUGCGCCGAGCACGGCAUAGAUCCAACCGGCCGUUACACCGGAGACUCGGAUCUCCAGCUCGAGCGCAUCAACGUCUACUACAACGAAGCCAGCUGCGGUAGAUUCGUCCCUCGCGCCGUGCUCAUGGAUCUGGAGCCUGGGACCAUGGACAGUCUCAGAUCUGGACCCUACGGCCAGACCUUCCGUCCUGAUAACUUCGUCUUCGGCCAGUCCGGUGCUGGUAACAACUGGGCGAAGGGACACUACACUGAAGGCGCUGAGCUUAUCGACUCCGUCCUCGACGUUGUUCGUAAAGAAGCCGAGAACUGUGACUGCCUCCAAGGGUUUCAAGUGUGCCAUUCGUUGGGAGGAGGAACUGGAUCUGGGAUGGGGACUUUGUUGAUAUCGAAGAUCAGGGAGGAGUACCCUGACCGCAUGAUGUUGACCUUCUCUGUGUUCCCUUCGCCUAAGGUCUCUGACACUGUCGUUGAGCCUUAUAAUGCUACUUUGUCUGUUCACCAGCUCGUUGAGAAUGCUGAUGAGUGCAUGGUUCUUGACAACGAGGCCUUGUACGAUAUCUGUUUCAGGACUCUCAAACUCACUACCCCUAGCUUUGGUGACUUGAACCAUUUGAUAUCUGCCACAAUGUCUGGUGUCACAUGCUGUCUGAGAUUCCCUGGUCAGCUUAACUCUGACCUCCGUAAGCUUGCUGUCAAUCUGAUCCCAUUCCCUCGUCUUCACUUCUUCAUGGUGGGUUUUGCUCCUCUCACCUCAAGAGGAUCUCAGCAGUACCGUUCCCUCACUGUCCCUGAACUCACCCAGCAAAUGUGGGACUCCAAGAACAUGAUGUGUGCUGCUGACCCAAGGCACGGGCGUUACCUCACAGCCUCCGCCAUGUUCCGUGGCAAGAUGAGCACAAAGGAAGUCGACGAGCAGAUGCUGAACGUGCAGAACAAGAACUCUUCCUACUUUGUUGAGUGGAUCCCCAACAAUGUGAAAUCAACAGUCUGUGACAUCCCUCCUACCGGUUUGAAGAUGGCAUCCACUUUCAUUGGGAACUCAACAUCGAUCCAAGAGAUGUUCAGGCGUGUGAGUGAGCAGUUCACAGCUAUGUUCAGGAGGAAGGCUUUCUUGCAUUGGUACACAGGUGAAGGAAUGGACGAGAUGGAGUUCACAGAAGCAGAGAGCAACAUGAACGAUCUUGUCUCAGAGUACCAGCAAUACCAAGACGCAACUGCAGAUGAAGAAGGUGAGUACGAGGAUGAGGAAGAAGGAGAUUACCAACAGGAGGAGGAGUACUGAGAGUAAGUGUGUACCUACCCUCUUCUCAACCAAUUUAGUCAUUCGUUUUCUCUCUUUUCUGUUUUGUUCUUUUUAAAAAGGAAACCUCAACUACCAGUUGCAGGUUUUUUUUAUGCUUGUAUUGACAAACUCUGGAUCUUGUUGACUUAUUAUGGUGUGUUGUUUGUGUACUUUUAGUUCUUAAAUUUGGUUCGGUUUUUUCCA